AUGUCUCCAACGUUUAUAACUGAUUAUGUUGGAAGUCCCCUGGCUGAUCCUUUAAAGAGGUUCCCUUCCCUUCCUCUUUCAUAUGGCUCACCUCCUUUGCUGCCAUUUCAAAGGCGCCAUAGCUGGAGUUUCGAUCGUCACAAGGCGUCUCCACCUUCUGUUUCUUGCUCACCAUCGCCUACUCGCUCGGAUUCACAUGCAUUGGUUUCACAUCCUUGUUCCCGUAACCUUCCUCCUCACCCUUCUGAGAUGCCCACUGGUCGUAGAAAGGAAAGCUACGCAGAAGAGUAUUCUCCUUAUCAAGACUUCUCCCCUCCUCCUUCUCCUUCAGCACCUAUACAGGCCGUCUCAAGAGGCAUCACACGUACUGAGAGUGCUCCAGUGAGAAUCCCAGCUCCGACUUUCCAGACCAAACAAAACAUUGUGGCACCUUCUCCUCAUCUAAUAUUGUCGAGACACACUUCCUUGAAGCCUGUGAGAAACUUUGGUCCUGGUGAAUCUGGAUCAGCAAUAGACAAGCUGUUUCUUUAUGGAAGAGAUGACUUUAGGAAGCAUUCUGGAAUGAGGCUGUCUUCCAACAGCUCACCGCGGACAUCAUUUUCCAGGAGUUCCAGUAGAUCUUACCAAGACGAUUUUGAUGAUCCUGAUUUCCCUUGCCCAUUUGAUGUUGAGUAUGAUGAUAUAACAGAUCGUAGUAGCAGGUAUUGUCUUAAAAACCUUACAAUCUCUCAUUGUGUCUUUUCCCCUUUAUCUACUGGCCAAGCAUACGAUAUGUAA